CCGGAGGGACCCCGUGAAACGAACCCAAACCUAAGCUUAUAUAAAAGGUUCGAAAUUUCUUUCCUCUCUUCCCCUCGUGCUCAAGAAUCGAAAGAAAAGGAAAGAACUCCGUUCUUGAUCCCGCAUAGGCGUGUUCUCUUUUCGUUUGGGAGAGAUGUCAGGCCGUUGGGUCUUGCUGGUUGUGUUAUUGGGUUGCAUCUUUGAAGCCAUCGGUGCCAGCGAAGGCGACGCCGAUCCGCUUUACCAAGCCUGUGCGGAACAAUGUCAAGAGACCGGAUCCUUUGGGAACAACUCCAUUCAAUAUUGCCAAUUAUCAUCCGGUGAUGUAUCUGGAGAGAAUACAUUGUCUAUGAAAAAGCAACUGUACAGUCUGCGCUUGAAGUGGAAACAGUGGAGAUGCAGAAGCUACUGUCAAUAUCUUUGUAUGAUGCAACGAGAAAUUGAAAGGGAAGCGCUUGGUCUCAAACCUGUAAAGUAUUAUGGCAAAUGGCCUUCCAAGCACGUCCAUGUGUUUCAGGUGCCUGUUUCUGCUGCCCUCUCAGCUUUGACUCUUGUAGUUCAGUUCAAUGGCUGGCUAUCCUUUUUCCGAUUAGUAUAUUACAAGUUGGAACGCACGCCUCAAAGUAGGAGGCCAUACUAUGAGUUUACUGGCUUAUGGCAUAUCUAUGGGCUCUUGUCAAUGAAUGCCUGGUUCUGGAGUGCUAUUUUUCAUAGUUGGAAUUCUGAUCUUACAGAGAAGGUAUAUAUCUCAUUUGCUGUGGCUUUACUUGGAUACUCGCUCAUUCUGGCUAUACUGCGGACAUUUAAUGUCAAGGGUGAGGCUCAAAGGGUUACAGCUGCAGCUCCAUUACUGGCCUUUGUGACAACGCACAUCCUGUAUCUCAACUUCUACAAACUUGACUAUGGGCUGAACAUGAAAGUUUGCUUCACAAUGGACAUCGCUCAGGUAAUCCUAUGGGUGGUAUGGGCUGCCGUAACUCGUCAUCCUUCAUGGCUCAAAUUGUGGACAGUUCUGAUUGGAGGCAUCCUUGUCAUGCUUCUGGAGAACUAUGAGUUCCCCCCAUCCAAAGCAUUUGUUGAUGCCCAUGAUUUGCGGCAUGCUACUGCCAUCCCCCUAGCUUAUCUUUGGUGGAGCUUCGUGAAGAAAGAUGCAGAAACUCGUACCACUGCCAUCACUAAGAAAAGAAGGUAAGAAGCAGCAGAGACUGCCUAUCAUCCAAUGGUGCCUGCAAGACAUUGAUCGAAUCAUAUUCCAGCGCUGAAGUUUUUCCUUUGUUAAUAGGUUAGCCAUUUUUUUCUUUUUCUUUAUUUAGUGCUGUUUCAAUUUUUAACCAAUUUGUGUAAUUAAGACAUACAUUUUCAAUCGAAAUUGUUGGGUUCCAUUCUGGAAAGA